AGCCGUCAGUCCACUCCACAGCCACAGUCGAGUGUAGAGUGUAGAGUGUUAGUAGUGUGCCAAGCAGUGCGUCAGCUUGCCCUGCCGAGUGCUACCCCUUAUGACACCUACCUGACAGUUGUAGUAAGAUGGAGGCAGUGGCCAUCUUGGACGCCCUGGAGUCCCGGGUGGCGGUGUUGCCUGGAGGUCGAGACAAAGAGAAACAUCCCCUCAUCAUCGUUCAAGCACCCGUGGAGAACUGCUCCUGGAGCAAAGAUCAUCUGGAUGAAGUGCUUAAGUAUUUCAAUUCUAUAUUUAGUGCUGACACCAGGCAGCAAGGGGUGACAGUGGUGGUGGAUGCCCAGAGGUCAAGUUGGCGUCUGGUUCGGCCGUGUACCAGGCAGGUUUCCGUUGCUCUCGGCUCUUCUCUGGCCACACUCCUGGUGCUAAGACCUGAUGCCUUCUGGGACAAACAGCGGGUGGACAACUGUGCUCGUGUACAUAAGGAUGGAGAGCCUGUGUACAUCCCAAUAUCAAGAUUAAGCAAGUAUGUAGAUGUAUCCCAACUGCCGGAGGAGCUUGGAGGUACCUGGAAUUACAACCAUGACAGCUGGAUACAGAAUAGAGUGCACUUUGAGGAGUUUGCCAAAGGGGCAGAACGGGUAACAUCAGAGCUGGAACGACUGCGGCAGAGGCUGAGUGGGGGUGGAGCAGGGGAGGGGGUGGGACUGAGUGCUGCAGAGGAGACACUCUACGACAGUGCUGACCUCUACACCCAGACCAGGGAGAUGGCUGCAAAAGUACUCAGAGAAGGGGAGGGUCUAAGACAGAGACUGGAGGGAGAGUAUAAAGGAGGGGGGAUGGGAGCAGUGCCCCAGGACAUGGAGGACACGGAGGAGCGAGUGAGCCGUCUCCGGGAGAUUAUUGAAGGGAAGCUGGAGCUUGUACAGGAUGCGUGGUUCAACGUGCAGAAAAAUAUUAUUGAUGCUAAGGAAGUACAUGCGCUGGAGGAUGGGGUGCAGCGGGUGACAGAGUGGAUCCUGGGGCCAGGGGAGGUGUUGCUCAAUGCUCAGCAGGAGGUGGGCUACGACAUCACAUCCGCAGAGGAGUUGCGACGUGAGCACGAGGCAUUAGAGCUGCAGUGUCGGGAAACUUAUGGACAUUAUGCAGAGCUUCUGCACAAGAUAGACUCACUCUCCCAGAAUGGUAUCUCGCUGCCAGAAGACCUUCGCUCGUUACGUGACUUCAUGGACUUUGUCUGCCGCAGCUAUGCAACAAGACUUGAGCGUCGCAGAAAUGUCCUCAUUACGUCAGCAAGAUUCUUUCGUCUAGUCACAGAGUACUUCCAGGUAACGAGUGAUGUCUAUGAGAACUUGGUGAUGUGUUCGGAUAUGGAAGCGCUGGACACGGCUCACUGUACACUGCUGCAGCUUCAGGAGAGUCAGACCAACAUUGACCUAGUAGAGAAGGAGUUGGUGCGUGAGGGAGAGAAGUUAUCAGACUUGCUGUCAAUGCCAGUGAAGGAUGCACUGGGUCGAGAGCUGGAUGUAGACUAUGCCAAUGACAUUGUGAACGUGCGUGAGGUGCUGGACAUGACAACUGCGCGACGUCAGCUAUUCCGCGAUAGUGUUGAAUUACAGAGACUCACUCUACAGCAGGCUACACAUGUACAUGACUACGAGAAAGACGCAGCUCAGGCUGUGGACUGGCUCAAUGAGCUGUUCCAAGUGAUGUUGAAAACACAUUCUCACGUUGGCUGCAACGUCUGUGAAAUUCAGCUACAAAAGGAUGAGCUGCAGGCCUUUCAGGAAACAGCCAAGGGUACAUAUGAGUACGGUUGUCAGCUGGUGAAUGUUGCCCUGAGCCUGCGCCAGUCUUGCAAGCUGCCUCUGGACGGCAACACAGCCUUGUCACACGAGUUGUGGCGUGCGUGGAAGCGUCUCUACACCGUUGGUCAGGAACAAAUGACUCGCUUGAGGGUCUCUGCAGUCUUUCAUCGUAGUGUCCAACAGCACUGUAAGCAGUUGGGGGAACUGAGAACUGGUGUGGCUGCAGUUACUGCAGAAGAAGAAUCAGGGCAAAGCCGCAGCAGGCUACGCAAGUUCCUAGCUGCGCGGGAACGUCUACUGUUGGAGGUUGGCCGCAUGGUACGGCUCGGUCGGCUACUCAAGACUAGGCUGCGUGAACCUCUCUCUCCUGAACUAGAAUUGGAGGACAGCAAUGUUACUGCAGUUGAGGCAAUAUCGGAAAGACUGGCUGAUGUGACGAGUCUUGCUGAAGAGUUAGAUGCUGCACUUUGCGGCUCUCAGGGUGACACCGUGGCUCUCAACAUGGAUAAGAUACUGGACGGCACAGCUUCCACCACCCCUGAGGACUGGUACAACUCGCUGAGCAAGCCUGGAGCCAAACAAACACCAGAAGACAGCAGUAAGUCAGAGGAAGACUUUGUCACCGCGUCUGAGUGUACCUGCACACCACCUUCACGUUCCUCAUCCUUCCACACUGCAUCGGAGGGGGAGGUGGGAGAAGGGGGAUCUCCCUGGUGGGAGGUGGAUCCUUCAGACCAGGAGCCUGAUCCUGCCAGGGACCCUCUUGAAUCCAAAAACUCUAAGGUUGUGGUCCAGGAGGUGACAGAGACACGACACCUAAAACUCAGCAGGACAGAAGGCUGUUCCAUCACCAGUAACACCACCAUCAAGGAGUAUCUUAGAGAUGGAGCGGGAAACACUGCACAGGUUAGUGAGGAGAACAUCACGAUGCAGAACGUGUGUGAUGCUGUGCAGCCAACACAUCGUUCAGACAGCUCGGCGGAUAGCUCCGCACUGUCACACGACCAGCUGGUACAGGACAUCCGAGAGAGCAGAGAAUGGCUGGAACUACGGGUGGUGGAGAUGAUACCAGAAUUGACUCUCCUGGGAGCGACUCUGGCAGAGGCUACAGCGAUGCUCUCCGCUCACGAACAGGUCCUCCUAAAGAUCCAUAGCAAGCAGAGCCCAGUAGAGGAGUUGCUGAGACAAGCUGACCAACUCAUAGCCAGCCAACACACAAGGGCAGAGGUAUACACUGCCAUGGCCGAGUCUCUCUCCCUAGCAUGGCAGGACAUCAACACUCUCCUACACAAGAGGAAGGAAAUUCUUGAGCUUAACGUCAAAUACCAUAGUGACGCUGCAGUCUGCUUGGAGAGGACGCGAGCACUGGAGCUAGCGUGUUCUGGUGCACCACUGCCUGUGGAGGUUUCUGAGCUGCGGGACCUGCUCACUCGACUGUCUGAUGUAAAGCGUUCAAUGUUAGAGACUCUAAUGGCAUCCCUGCAGGACGGUCGCGCGCGCUGCUUGACACCCUACGCCUCCUCGCAUCCGAAGGUUCUCUCGAUUCUCGACCCGGCCAGACUAAAGCUUCCACAGACAAUAUCACAGGUGGAGCACUGGCUGGAAGACUUACACGACCGACGACGCACGCUGGAAGUGUCCUGGCAAUCUCGCAAGACUCAGCUAGAGCAGUGCUUGGCCCUCGCUUUGCUUACCACUGACUUGCGGUUGCUCGAGGAGAUCUAUGCGGACAGGUUAGAAAGUCUGGGCCGUAACUGCCCAGAACUGGGUGACUCCGUGGCUAGUGCAGAACUGCUCCUUCAUGAACACCAGAAACUGUUGCCUGAGGCUAAGGAGCUGCAGGAGCAAGGCUUGAAGAUUCUGCGGGCCACAGAACAACUAGCAGCGACAGGACACUUUGCAGGCGAGGAGGCCAUCGCUCAGGCCUAUCAGCUGCUCCACACCUCCACAGAGUACCAAGACUCAUUGGAGAGACGGGAGCACAACCUGCGUGAUGCCAUGGCAUUCUUUGGCAAUGCUCGGACAACGCUUGCUCGACUAGAGCAGUUGGACAAAGAGCUAUCAGGGGCCAGUGAGACCCAGCUGUCCAGACUACAGGAGUCAGUGGCCGACGUGUGCGGUCCUGUCCUGCAGCAAGGAUACACAAUACUGGAGGAUGUCCCAGGGGCUAAGGGAGUCAAAACUGUUGUUGAUGAACUGGAGAACUUCAAAUUAAAAUUAAGCCUAAGGUGUUCAACUAUCCUGGAAGAAAACCUAAAAGUUACACAAUCCCUGAAUAACUUCCUAGAGAAGCAAAAUCAGCUGUACUCCUGGUUAGUGAACACCAUGGAAGCCUUCAUCCAAGGUCACCAGGACAUGGGUAGUGUGCUCGCUGUAGCCAAGGAUUUCCUGCAACAACACCACAGGAUGCUCAACGACCUUCAGGUGAAAGGAACUGAGAUUAAUGCACUGCUGGCGACAGUACCCGAGCUGUUGGUGACACUGGGUGAAAGUGACCGCAUAAAUGUGGAGAGUAAAGCAGAGUCACUUCACACACAGUGGACCACACUGAGGCAGGUGCUGGAGAGACGCACAGAGCUUUCAGCCUUGUACGUCAAGUUCCAUAGUCUCAUUGUAGAGCUGGCCACUCAUAUUGACUCAGUGACGGAGAAACUGAGUCGUCAGCCACCACCCUCACAAUCAGAACGGAACCAACUGGAGCAAGAGUACUCCACAAUUACGCAACUUUAUACUCAGCUCGGUGCAGUGGCCGACAACUUCACACAGGACUCAUACCAGACGACAGAGCCGUACCUCGCGGCGGAACGGGCCCGACUGUGCGUGGACACCCUGCGGCAACACUUUGCUGACAGGGUGGCCAACCUGCAGGCGUUGUGGCAGCAGUGGGAACAGCGGCUGGACACUUCACGACUGACAGCCCAGCGCUGGACGCUGAACAUGGCAGACUCCAACCGGACGGUGGACUGGGUGAGCAAGUUGGACUCUCAGUUGUACCCUGUACUUGACGAGACCCUGACAACCGCUAAGUCUAUGGUCAGAGAUGUAGAGGACAAGAGGGAGAGAGUUCUGUCAGAGAUCCGGAGAGCACAGGCCGAAGUCCAGCUCAGGCUGUCCACUGCCGAUGAAAUACUCUCACAAGCCGAAUCUCUGGAGGGAGACAAGGGUGUGCUGACACAGCUCAGGGCUCUGCAGGAGCGGCUUCAGCAAGUGGUUACUGACUACCAAGUGCUGCUUGAGGUCUUCAUCAGCUUCUUCAAGAACCUUGCCGAGUUGGAACACACGGUGCAAGGUUUGGAGGGGCAAUAUGGGGUUAGCCUCUCACCCUUGACCUUGGCAGAGGUGGAGAAGGCCCUGCGUGAACAUGAUGCCUCCCGCCAAGCAAUUCAGGAGCUGUUCAAGUUUGCCCACACUGAGAGUCAACAGAUCAUUGCCAAAAUUCGCCAGCAGGAACCAGAUGCAGCAGCAGAGAAGGACACAGACACUGUCCGCAGAAUGCUGGAAGGACAGAGGACUGCCUGGGAACGAGCCUGGACACAACAUAGGAUGAGUCUGGAGUCUCAACAGCAACUGGGACAGUUCGACUCGGAUCUACUGCACAUCCACAGUAACCUGGAUGAGUUGAGCCAACAGCUGAGUAAAGUCAAGGGGCAGUUUGGCGAGAAUCUAGCAGCAGCCAAGGCUACGUCACUCGCUUUCCAUUACUUUGAGAAAACUAUUGAGCUACUAGAGCAAAGAAUAGAGACAUUUGUGGCGUCCGGGGAAGCGAUGCUGAAGAGCAACCACUCGUCCUCACCUCACAUCGAGCGGGAGCUGCACUCACUCCGGACUCGUUGGCAACAGUUCCACCAGCAGGUCUCGGACACCAGGCAGUUGAUAGACCUCAGCCUGCAGUACUUUGCUCUGGUGGAAGAAGCUGAAGACUGGUUCAGAGAGGGCAGUCGGCUGUUGAUGACCAUCGCUAAGAGGUCAUCUUCCAUCAGGACCCCUCAAGAAGCCAAUGAUCUCUUGCAAGAGAUAGAACUAUUCCUUAAACCUGGAGAGUCCAAACAAGAUGAAAGGAUACAAAAAAUAUCAGAACUGGCUGUUCAGCUGUAUGGAAGUGGACAGCCAGAGCAACUACACCAGGUGAAAACUGAAAGUCGGGAAAUGAUCGACUCUUUCUCCCAGGUCAGCAUGGAACUCCAGCAGAUCAUCAAUUUCUUGAAUAAACCGCCAGAAGAGCAGCGUAUGGAGAUCGUUGGUCUGCAAGAAGCACUGCCAAUUGAUGAGAAACCUGUGCGAAAGUCACCAAGUCCACCUCCAAAGAAGGCCAAGGUAGAACCUGAACCAAAGAAAGCCAAGGUAGAACCUGAACCAAGUAAGGCAAAGGUAGAGCCAGAAACUCAACCUCCAAACUUCACCUUACCACUUCACGAUGCAACAAUUGACGAAGGGAGCCGGUUUACCUUUGAGUGCAGGGUGACUGGCAUCCCCAUGCCAGAGAUCUGCUGGUUGAAGGACAAUCUCUCUAUAGAUAGUAACCUAGACUAUCACACCAAGGUGGAGGAUGGACUGUGCUCCCUUACCAUCGAGGAGACUUUCACCGAGGACUCAGCCUGUUUUACCUGCAGGGCUACCAACCUUCUGGGUUACGCUGAGACCACUGCACUGCUCACUGUCCGAGAGAACGAGCGAGAGGCACCACCUCAGUUCUUGCAGUUGCUGUCCCCAGUCUCCGGUGUGGAGGGGUCACCCUGCCGACUCGAGUGUCGAGUGGGGGGUAUCCCCCUUCCCACAGUGCAGUGGUACAGGGACGGGGAGUGUGUGGACUCUGCCCCCGGGUACACCACCACAUACAACAAUGGUGUGGCAGUGCUCUCUGUGGAACAAAUGGGAAUCCACAACCAGGGUCUUUACAGCUGCAGGGCUACCAACCGGCUCGGCACGGAGACCACAUCAGCCAGUGUCACUGUCCAGCGUCUUAUUUCGGAGAAGGCCCCAGAGUUCGUGGUGCCGCUGUCUAAUGUGAUGGCGCGUGCAGGACAGAAGAUCCGACUGGAGUGUGAGUUAUGCGGUGUGCCGGAACCGCAGCUGGAUUGGGUCCAUAACGGCAAGCCUUUCACUGAAUCCAGAGACAUCAAGGUGCAGAAGGAAGGGGGUAAGCUAGUGUUGACUAUCUCCGAGGCUUUUCCCAAGGAUGCAGGCACCUACAGCCUGACUGCCAUUAAUUCUGCAGGAUCCACUACAAGCUCGUGUACUGUGGCAGUAAAGGGCCGACUACCCACAGAGACCUCAGACUCUGAGCUUGCCAGCGACUUGGAGCCGUCUAAGCCCUCCAUUCCCACAACACUUCGGGACGCAACAGUCAGCGAGGGUGGCAAAGCUCGACUAGAUUGUAUCAUCGUGGGACAACCUGAGCCAGAGGUAAUCUGGUAUCAUGAGGGAGUGCCGAUCAAAGAGUCGAAGGAAGUCCAACUCCUGUUCCAGGGAGAUCGAUGUUCACUGAUCAUCGCAGAAACUCUACCGGAAGAUGCAGGACAGUAUAAGGUGGUGGCCAUCAACUCUGCAGGGGAGGCUUCCAGCUCCUGUCAGCUCUUUGUGCAGAGGACAGAAACGCAGCCUGAACAGACACCGGAGAUUACUGGCACCAAGCCUCUGUUCAUCUCUCUGCUGACUGAUGCCUUAGCUACAGAGGGAGACACUACCAGCCUGGAGUGUGCUGUCAGGGGAGAUCCAACGCCCAGUGUCUCUUGGUUCCUCAACAACAACCCAGUGGUGGCAUCCGACAGACUUAAGAUGGAUCAAGAGGCAGGGGGACUGUGCACACUGGUUAUUAGUCCUGUGUUGGCUGACGACAGAGGAGUGUAUACUGCCAGAGCAACCAAUCCGCUGGGUGAGGCCAAGUGUUUUGCCCACUUAAUAGUGCGCAGUGCUGCCAACCUGGCAGCAGUACCAAGUGCACCAGAUGUACGACUGGAGGAGCGAGCCACAGUUCCCGCUUUCACAGAGUUGUUCGCUGAUCGAACGGUCGUUGAGGGAGGCUCCACCAAGUUUGAAUGUAUCGUCACUGGAAAGCCCACACCUAAAGUGCGCUGGCUGUACAACAGUGAGCCUGUGUCAGGAAAGGACUUCCUGGUGUCAGUGAGUGGGUCCAGGCAGGUGUUGACUAUUCCGGUGGUGUCCAAGGUGCUUGCGGGUGGCCAGAUCACAUGUGUAGCAGAGAACGAUGCAGGAAAAGCCAGCUGCAAUGCAACAAUCACUGUUUCGGAUGCUCCUCCGGUAGAUGACCUGCUAUCGUCCAUAGACCACUUGAAUCUGUCGGAGACCUCUGUUUUUGAAUUGAAGCGGGAAGUGUUCAUGCAGUCUUCCAGCCACACCCAGUUUGGGGCUGGAGAGCCAGUUGUACAAGUCCAUGGGAUGGCCUCCAGGACCGAACAGACAUCGCAGAAGAUUGGGGAUAAACCAGCUGUCCAGGUUGAAUCUCAUAAGACAAGUGAGUACCACAAUGUGGGAGGAGUGGAGCAGAAGUUUGACACCCAGAGCCAGAGUUCUAGUGUGGUGGAGCCAGGAGCCCUUGUACCUGCCAGAGUGGUCCCUCAGCGCAAACAGCUGCCACCACGCUUCAUGUCUCCAGUCAUGGGCAAGAUAGUCGACCAAGGAGCAGACGUCACUCUCGAGUGUAUUUUGGAUGGCUUCCCAUCUCCUUCUAUUUCAUGGAAGAAGAAUGGGAAGGAGUUACUGGAAGGAGACAAAGUGAGAAUCAGCUGGGCUUUGAACAAAGCUCAGUGUCAGCUGAUGGCAGUUACUGUGGAGGAUGCUGGGAAGUACAGCUGUACAGCGGUGAACCCUGUCGGCACAGCCACUUGCACGGCAGACCUCGUGGUCAAGAAGACAGUGUUCCCACCAGUGUUCGGAAGGAGACUGCAGGCAGACACAGUACCAGCAGGCAAGAGAGUGGUGCUGGAGGUGGAAGUAACUGGCACACCAGAACCUGACGUCACCUGGUACAAGGAUAGCCACCAGAUAGCUGCUUCAUCAUCAAUGUUUCGUGUGUUAGCGCAGGGGAACUCUCAUCGCCUCAUCAUAGAACAUGCUGGGCUCUCCCACUCAGGGCGGUACGAGGUGCGAGCGGUCAACAGUGGGGGAGAGGCUCGUAGUGUGGCGGACUUGUUGAUCCUGGAGCCCUCUGAGCCCAACUUGAUCCAGCCGACGGGAUUGGAAAUGGAUUUGCCAGUAUCAACAGAAUUUUCUUCUUCAAAGCGUUCCGUCACAGUUACAGAGUCAUUCAAGAGUGACAAGAAGGUUUCAUUACAUGUUGAACAUUCUUCAACACCUGUAGAUUUACUUUUAGAUCUACCAACUCUUAGAGUCAGACCUGAGGAAGUGCGAUCUGAUACAUUUAGCGAACGAUUUGAGAGUGUAUCAAAGCAAGAGGAGAUAAGACAGGCUGCUUUGAACGCAGUACCAAUACCACCUUCUUCAGUUACAUCUGUUGAAGCACUGCUGCAACCAGAAGAAACCAUUGUUGAAGAUUCAUCUAUUUCCAAGAGGAGUGCUUUAAGCUUUUUUCAAAACAUUAUCAAAGAAAAUGAAGAGGAUACGAAAGUUACAAAACCUGCUGAACCUAUGAAGAAACCAUUCAUUCCAGAGCCUACACCUGCCAUACAGCCGAUUCUACCUCCUAUAGGCUUUGGAAAACUGCCAGAGCCUAUUUCCUAUUCUAAAACAAGUUUUCAAGAGUCCUCACAACAGUUUGAGUCCAUCUACACCAGUGAUGGUUUUUUUCUACAGCCAGAACCUCCCCCGGAGAUGGGCUACAUCUCCAAGUCUCAAGUCGUUAAGGGGAAAGAAGAGAUGGCAAAUAGAGUUAAGAAAUUAGAAGAGUCUCAUAGAAAUCUGUCUCAAGAACAGAUUCCUUCUGGAGGUGUGAGAAUUUUUCCUACCCCAACUCAAAAGGUUUCCACGGAAUCAAUAUCCACGCAGACAAAAGCUUUCCCCACACAGAGUCAACAUGUUGCAUCUGAAACUAUUUCUACACAAACGAGUUUUAUUGAAGAACGUGUUGAACCUCCUAAACCAACACCAGUUCAAAGCAGCUCUGUUUUCGCUGAAAAGGUUGUUGAGAACUUGUAUGUGUCUGGUCCUCCAAAAGAAACUCCGAUUAUUAAACCUAGUUUCAAUGUAACAAAAUUUGAACUUCCAAAACAUUCUGAACCAUUGCAACAACAAGUUACUUCUGAGUCUUUUGAUAGUUUUGAAUCAAGUAGUAUCAAAACUAAAAUACUGAAUGGAGAAGAUUAUUCAAUACCAAGAUUUGAACCCUUGAGUCCAAUUGUUAGGCCAUCAGCAGAUAUCCAGCUCAGACCCCAGUCCCCGAGACCAUCUGCUGAAGGUGUUCAUAUGGAGAAAUUGUGGGCUUCUAAACAGAAAGAGGAAUAUGUUGAGUUCCCUCAUGAUUCUCCAAGCAUAGACAUUCAGCAACAUCAAGAAGAAAUCCAACAUUUGAGUUCAGAGAAAACUACAAUGUAUCAAGAAAUCAAACACAAUGCAUCUCCACUUCCACCAGGUGCAGGGAAACUAUUAACUCCUAACCUAGAUCAUCAACGACCUUUGUCUGCUCUUGGAGAAAGGUCCAAAUCACCCUCAGCUGAAGGUCUAGCCAUGGAUAAAUUGUGGGCUCACAAAACAUGCACUCAGAAGAAGGUGUGGCCACCACCCCAACAAAAAGAAGACAAUUUGCCAAUACCACCAUGGACAAAUAGAGCUAGUGAAACAUUUACACCUGAAAAAGUUCAAAAGUCAUCAGAAAUAUCAACACAAAAAGAAAGUUUUACUGAGAAUAAUAUGAAGUAUGAGUCUCAAUCGUUUAGCAAAGUUGAGAGCUCAUCUUUCCAGGCUUCUAAUUUUUCUGAAUCUGUUAAGACAGAAAGUGCUUUCAAAGAGGUAAUUCCUACAAAACCAGUAAAACCUUACAUUCCACCACCAAUAGUCCAACCACCUCCUUCUGAGUCCAAAAUCAUAUAUGUUGCUGAGGCUCACGCUUCUCAUUCAACCAAUGUUCCUGUAGUUCAACCUCAGUUUUUGUCCUCAGAAACAAAUUUCACGAGUUCUCAGACAAUGGAAAGAACAGAAAAAGUAAUGAGUGACUCGACUGUGAUUGAAGAAAAAGUUCUCCGUCCAUCUGAAGCAUUAAAAGUAUGGCCUCCAGUUCCAAAAGAGGAAAAACAGGUAUUCCAGACAAGUUCACAGAAACAAGAGUUUCAAACUAGUUUCCAAAAACAAGAAUCAAAAAAAGAGUUUUCCUCAACUAUUGAUUCAAACAUGGUUUUGAAUGAUAUACCUUUACAGCCUGGUCCACCUCCUGAGCUAGGUUAUGCAGGGCCUCCUCGCAGGAAGCCAUCAUAUGUGGAAACAAUUGAACAAGAUCUAGAGAAGAAUAUCGAUAAAGUACCAUCACGGCAUCUAGCAGGUGCCGUGAGGAUCAUUCCUCCACCUCAGAAGAAAGAGAAGACUCUUAAAUCAGAGUCCACAGCACAAAAGAAAACAACAAUGAUUGAAGAAACUGUACAAGAGAAAAAACCGUAUGUUCCAGAAAGUAUCAGUAAGCCUUUACCAAAAUUGGAGCCUUUUCCAUUUAAACCUGAUCCACCUAAGGAAAAACCAGCAAAAUGUCCUCCACCACCUCGACCAAGCAGAUUUGUGAAAGGUUCCUUCACUGAAAGUGACUAUGAAAGUGACUGUGAUGCUGUCAGAAUACCAAUCAAAUGGAACCCAUGGCAGAGUGAUUCAGAAGAUUACGGUUACAGAAAAGUGAAACCACCAUCAGCUUCUAGCCCUGUCAAAAGACCUCAUUCGGCAACUGGACAAGUAAUACCACCAACCCAAUUUGAAACCCCUUCACCCCUCCAAGGUCCAGCUAGACCAGUAGACACACAAUCGUCAGAAAUUUCAAAGAGCUCCAAAAGUAAAAUAACAAAGACAGAAGAAAUUUAUCAAAAAUCUUUUGUAACAAAAGAGACAAAGUUCGUACAGAACAAAGCUCCAGUAUUGAAACCAGGGUCUCCACCUCAGUUCAUUGAGACUGCAGCUUCCACUCCUAAACACAAGCCAACAGCUGGUAAACCGGGGUCACCAAAGUCCAAGCAAAAGAGUGCACAACCGGAGAGUGGCUACAUGGCUGACACAGAUGAACCACCCCAGCAGCUUAGAAUGGUAACAAAGAUGGAGGAGUCUAUGAUUACAAAAUCGGAACAAUCAAUGUCCUUCCAGCAAUCAAGAACUUCAUCUUCAAGUUCCACCAAGACUUUGGCCAAGAAGGAGUCAUCCAAAACUGAAGUCCAUUCUUCCACCCAGAAGCCAACGGAGCCUCCUUUGGAGCCUUUCCCAUUUAAGCCUGAUGCACCCAGGCCAGUUAAGCGGCCCCUGGGUCCACCUCCUCCUUCUCCGUCCAAAUUUGUCAAGGGAGAGUUCCGUGAGAGCGACUAUGAGAGUGAAUAUGAGGGUAAAAUCCGACCGAUCUGGAGACCCAUCGAGCCUGCUGAUGACCUAAGCUUCCGACCUGUCCGGCCAGUUCUCACACCAGUCAGUGGAAAGUCACAGAACACAGGACGUAUCCCCACACCUCCCACACAGUUUGAUGAACCUCCCAGCUUUAGUGGCCCACCGAGGCCUAAGUUUGAGCCAAUAGACAAGCCCAAAUCUUCACCAAAAGUGAAAGAAACGGUUGUGGAAAAAUCUAAAUUAAUUAGACCAACUCCAGUCCAGGCACAGGCUCCCUCACCUAUUGAAACCAUCUAUGCGACCCCGGCUUCAAAACCUGUACCUGAAUUUGUCCUUAAACCCGGCUCACCUCCUAAGAUGGACUAUGCCCCACCUCCAGGAUACGUUGAGAAGUCUAACAUUGUGAAUUUCACAGAAUCGACCGCCAGCUCGAAACGUGUUGUGAGUGUACAGCAGACAACCAGAGUGAUGCAGUUUGGUAGCUCCACCCAAAGUCAAGUGCAACGGAAAGAGAAUGUGCCUCCAAAAAAGUUUGUUCCAACGUUUUCGAAAGAAAGUGAUUACGAGAGUGACGUUGAUGGUGUAGUGAAGAGGACUCCUUACAUAGACGCAGAGAAGAAAAGACUGAAGAGAGUAGAAGAAAUGAAAAGGAGGUUUCUGGAGUCGGAACCUCCUCUGCAAUUAGGAGAACCUCCGCAGUACGCGUACAGUCCUGACCCCUCCACUGUGGCAUAUUCAGCUGCUUCAAAGCAGAUGAAUGAGAUGACACAAACGUUCAGGGGAAAGACACAACAGUUUGUGUCUGAUAUUAUGACAGACAUCAAGAGUCAGCCAAAGCCUACUGCAGGGGGCAAGCCUGUCUUGAAACCUCCUGGAGACGAACCUCAGACCUACCGAGAUGAGACUCGUCACAGUGAAUUUGGUACAAAACACAUAGAUCCGGACACGGGCUUGAUCUACUUCAAAUAUGAUUUCGGUUACGAGUUUGGUAUUGUGCUGCCGGGAGAGCAGAAACCAGGAGCACCCAAGAAAGUGGUUACCGGUCCAUCAAAGAAGGAGGAAGGCGCCAUUGACUUUCCUGUCAUCCACGAGACCUCACAGAAGAACACAAAGAAACUUAGUAAAGUGAAGACGGUGAAGUGGGAACCUACUUCGGAGAGCGAGAUGUCAGAGAUUGAAAGUGAGAGGAUACAAAGAGGAGUUCCUCAGCCUCAGUUCAGCUUCCGCACUCCAAGUCCCCACUCUCUCUCCCCCAGCGUACAGUCCUUGUCCCCCUACCCUACCUUGGGGCACGAUCACACAGUGUCUCCAGGCAGUCCGUGGUUGAGUGCGGAGGGACCUCAGAUAGUCAGAGCUGUUUCGCCUGGGGACCAACCCAAGAAAGCCCCUCUGUUCAUCACGCCAUUGCGAGACAUUGCCUGUGUGAGUGGCCAGCCUGCCAGGUUUGAGUGUAUCGUGUUGGCAGAACCGGCUCCCAGUAUAGUCUGGUCCAAAGAUGGCACUGUGCUGCAGCCCUCUCCCGAUCAUCAGAUAGAAUACCGCAACGGAGUCUGCCGUCUAGUGCUUCCAUUGGCCCGAUCAUUUGACGCAGGCCACUACACCUGUCAGGCCAGCAACCCUCUCGGUACCAAUCUGACCUCGGCCAGUCUCCAGGUCCCAGGUGAGAGGCGAUCUCUUUACCAGUGAACGGCCAGACUUCGGGUCUAACUGUCCUUCCUUGCUUCCUUCCGGUUCUGUCGCUAGCAAGCGGUGGUGGGUCACAUAACCAGGAUACUUGACAUAUUUCAGUUGUACAGCAUAUAGAAAGCAUUUUAACACUACAAAGGCUAGCUAAUGGUGUAAACAGUUUUAUAAAAACGCUAUAGGACGAAAUUUUACAGCUUUUUCAAGUUUGAGGAAGAUAAUUUUAUAUUUCUUUUCCCUCACUGUUGAUUUGUGAAUUAAAGGUAUUGUUAUAAAUGUAUUGUAUUUUUAACAUGUCAGUCAGUUUAAAACUUAUAAUUUGACAAACAAUACCAGUUGUUAUUCUAUUCUAAAAACAGUGCCUAAUGUGUAAAUUUCACAUACAAGAUGCUUUUUAAACUCCAUUUUAUAAAUGUACAACUUGAGUUCAUUGCAAAGUUGCUGAGGCUUUUUUGUAAACUGUAUUUACAUGAAUUUACAAAAUAACAAUGGUUUAUUUUGAGUAUUAAUUUUAUUGUUAGGUUAUUGUUAAAUGUCUAUGUAAUUUUUUAUGGACGAAUGUUACUGUAUGUUUUACUGGAAUGGAUGCUUUGAUGAAGAAAUAAACUUAUUCUGCUGG